ACAAAGAACACAAGUUUUUGCCUUUCCACACACAGUCUCUCUCUCUGAUUCUCUUUCAAAACACACAAGUUUUUGCCCUUCCACACAGUCUCUCCUCUGAUUCUCUUUUCCUCUCUCUCUCAAACAUGACCGAGUCCCACAAUUCUACUUCCAAGUGUUUUUCCGGCAUCCUCCGCCGCAUCCUUUGCACCGGCAGCCUCCCAACCCACCCAUCCGAUCUCAUCACCGACCCCACCACCACCAUCCCAACCACCACCUUCGAAAACCCAAAAAAUGAUUUCAAAACCCAAGUCAAUACCCCAGGAGUAGUUGCAAGGCUUAUGGGUCUAGACUCACUCCCAAACCUCAACUUGGUUCCAAAAGACUCCUCCAUUCUCCGUAGCAGAUCAGUCAAUUACGUCGAUUACUUCCCAGAUUUUGAUCCCACUCGUUCCCACCAUCGCCGGGUCAGAACAUCAAUAUCGUUUCGCGAAGUUCCAACCUUUCUUCAGCAACAACAACAACCAAAAAAGCAUAAUCUUGAUUUUUUUGUUUUGUGCCUCGAGAAAGUAGGUGGAAAUGGAGGGAACAAAAUGGGUUUGAGUUCUGACAUGGCUUUGAAAGAUUUGAAGCAGAAAGAGAUGAAAACCGAGAGAAACACAAAGAAUUUAAGCGAGACAAAGUUUGAAAACAAGAGAAAGGUUUUUCGGAGAAAGGAAGAUCAGCCAAACAGGCUGUGUGGAAAUUGUUCUUCGAAGGUUGACAAUGUUAAUUUGGAUCGUAAGAAUAAGGGUGUUGUUGUUCAGAGACAACCUCGUGAAAGUUUGAUAGCGAAAAAAAGUGGAGUUAAGAAUGUGAAUCAGAAGAAAACAGGGAGUGAAUUGAAGAUUGGGAACAAGAAAAAGAGUCGAAACAACAUAGUUAAGAAAGUACAACAAUCCGUGUGUGUUUCGGAGAAUUUGAGUCUGGUUUCGGUUCUUGAUCUUCAUCAUGAGUCUACGUCAGGACACACAAAGGUAACAAUUUCAAAUUCAAGAUCAUCAAAUGUUGCUGACAAUGACAACAACAACCCUUCUUCAAAUUACACUCGAAACUUCAUAGCAGAUGAACAUCAUGUGAUAAAAGCAAAGAAGAACAGAGAUGACAAGGCAAAGAAGACUAGUGAGACCCAGUAUUAUGAUGGAAUGUUGACUGAGAUUCUUAGAUUGACAGAGAAAGGCAUAGAAGAGACACGUUGGGUUAAUGAGAAAGUCAUUGAAUUUGAAGAUGUUGAAGAGAUUUGUACUGUGUUUGGGCAACAAAUUCUUGACUUACUGUUUCACCAGGUUGUAGAUGAACUAGUCCUAUGUAAUAUGAACAGAUUUGCAUUGUAAUUCUUGUUGAAACUUUGUGAAAAUUUUGAAAAAAAUGUGCAAGUUUCAUUUUACAGGACUUGGUAAGAUGAUGA